AAUCGCCUGCAGUGUAAAAGAGAGUUCACUUCAGUCUCCUGACACCUAUCUUUUGAAAGUUGAGCGGGUUGGGUUGGGAUUUUCAGAGAGCGCGGCCAGAGACAGCCGAAAAAAAGAACCAAGCGAAACAGGGAGGAACAACGUUUCCAAGAAACGAGAUCUGAGCUUCGGCAAAUGGGAAGCUCCAACACCGGAGUCAAGGACGACUCCACCACCGACGCCGACACGUCCACCGGCGACCUUCCGGCAUCCAAUUCCGGCACCUUCUCUGAAGGUGAGAAGGUCCUCGCUUAUCACGGGCCCCGCAUCUACGAAGCGAAGGUCCAAAAGGCUGAAUUUCGAAAGAAGGAGUGGAGAUACUUUGUUCAUUACCUUGGAUGGAAUAAAAAUUGGGAUGAAUGGGUGGGGAUGGACCGUCUGAUGAAACAUACUGAAGAAAAUGUUCUGAAGCAGCAGGCCCUUGACAAAAAACAAGGUGCAGAAAAGAAUCCAAAAUCAGGGCGUUCAGCACAGGCGAAGCCAAAAAGCUCUACUGAUGCAAAAGUGGAGAAGGAGGAUCUCAAGAGCUACGAUGGUAAUGGUUAUCCUAUUAAAGAUACACUUGUUAAAAGUGGUGAUAUUGACACAAAUGAAAGAGAAUUAAAAGUGUAUUCAAGGCAAAAGAAAGGACCUAGUAAUGUCGUAUCUCAAGAGCCUUGCCCUUCUUCAGUGGCUAGAGGGAAGAGGCGAAAAAGUGACUCUGGCAUUGAGAAGGACAAUGCAUCAACAGAAAAGCUUGUCAAGAUCCCAAUUCCAGCGACACUAAAGAAGCAACUUGUUGAUGAUUGGGAUUUUGUUACUCAGCAGGAUAAGCUUGUUAAACUUCCGCGCAUUCCAAAUGUCGAUGCAAUAUUGAUAAAGUAUCUUGAGUACAGGAUAAAGAAGGAUGGCACGAUGACUGAUUAUGUUGCAGAAAUAUUGAAUGGGCUUCGAUCUUACUUUGAUAGAGCAUUGCCAAUGAUGCUUUUAUAUAAAAAAGAGCGUCAACAAUUUCAAGAAGCAAUUUACCACCCUGAUCUCUCUCCAUCAACUGUAUAUGGCGCAGAGCAUCUGCUGCGCCUCUUUGUUAAGUUGCCUGAGUUGUUAGCAUGCGUGAACAUCGAAGAGGAGACUUUGAUUGGCAUGCAGCAGAAAUUCAUUGACUUUCUCAAGUUUCUGCAGAAAAACCAGAGUACUUUCUUCCUUUCUGCCUACGAGGGCUCUAAAUCUUCUGAAGGAAGUGGUAGGGGAAAAGGCUGACUGAGCCAGUGGCACUAUCUGCUUUAUGAUCAUAUGGUGAAGAUCUUGGGAUGGUUUCAUGAAUUUUAUCAGUGUCUGAUUCUGCUUUAACAAUCUUGAAAGAUAGAACAACUUUUUGUUCUUAUGCCAGUUUUUUUUUUUUCUUCCUCUUCCUUUUUUCUUUUCUUUUUCUUUUUCCUUUUUUUUUUUUGGUGACACUCAGUUGGAGCUUCUUCUGUGCAAUGAAUAGAGCUAUUUGGAGUCGCUAACAUGCUUUACUUGUAACCUUAGACAAGUAAUGGUAUGUUCUGUUUUGUGCAUUGAUAAGACUCCUGAAACAUGUAUGUUGACAUUGUAGCUUAAAUUCGAAUAUUGAUAUCGGAUUGCCUGGCA